AUGACGCUGUUUCUUUCCUUUUUUAUUAGAAGCGGUGUUUGCAACAUCUUUAAUACCAUGAUGGCGUUCAAUAGCGGAUUACACCUUUUUAUGUUGCUGCCUUGUGUUUAUUACUGUGAUGUUAUUUUCGCCGAGAAUAAAUCCUCAUUUAAUUACCCUGUUGGCGAUCCACGAAACUGCCCUUUAACGAGAGGAGUUUUUCGUUUCGAGGUACUACCGGGAGGCGGAUGGGACAACCUAAGAAAUGUGCACAUGGGAGCUGUUUCUGUGACGAAUAACUACUCAAAAUGUAAAACCUCUGACGAUGGCAAGUAUUUGAUCCCUGAUGAUAUUUUUCUUUACCCUGUAAAGAAAAGCAAAAUGGAAGCGUUCUCCGAACUUUACGACCACUGGAACAAUUAUUCUUCGACCACCACAAAAUCUAUCAACGCCAAAGUUUCGGGAAAGUUUAAGUCUGGUCCCAUUAGCGGUUCGUUUUCAGCUGAGUUCGAAUCAGUUAAGAAACAUCAGGUGGAAGACAAAGCUGUAACAACUCGAGUUGAAAUGCGUCACGUCUUGUACACCGCCAAACUUCAACCUGAUAGCGCUCUCCAGCCUGCGUUUAAAUCGUGUUUACUUGAAAUCGCGUCCCAUCUACAGCACAACAACACCGCCUAUGCUAAUUUUUUGGCGCAGAUACUGGUUCGCGACUUCGGAACACACUUUAUCACUAGUGUCAAUGCUGGUGCAGUUCUAUCCAAGGUAGACCACUUAGCGAAAAAGUUUGUUGCUGAUUUUACAGGGGAUAAGAGUAAAAUCACCGCAGCCGCAAGCGCGUCCUUUUUUAGAGCCUAUGGCGGAAAGGCUAGCUACAGUCAGACGGGCGAUAAACAGGAUUUAGAUCAGUACACGAAGAACACCGUUUACUCAACCAUGUAUACAUUUGGUGGGCCACCUUUCAGAGUUAACUUUACGAUAAAUCAAUGGGAAGAUCAAUUGCUAGACGAGCUUGUAGCAGUUGACAGGUCAGGUGACCCGUUGAAUUACGCUGUAACCCCCGGAAGUCUUCCUGAGAUGUCGGACGAGUUAGCUUUUAAAUUGGCUGACGUCGUUGAAAACGCUAUAAAGCAAUACUAUAAGCACAACACUAUCAAGGGAUGUACGAAAAGGGACUCGCCUAACUUCAGUUUUCAAGCUAAUCUCGAUGAUGGAUCUUGUGAAAGUCCCACAAACAGUUACACUUUCGGUGGCGUAUAUCAAACGUGCUCAUUCGCUGGGUCUCCGGCGGGUGAUCCGUGUGGGCCCCUGCUUCAAAAGAACCCAAUUACUGCUGAUUACAAAUGCAGUGAUGAGUAUGAGCCUGUAUUGGUUCAUCAGGGACGCACUCCUCAAAACUGCCACAGAGACUGUAACAGCUGCUGGCUUUUCUUUAGUUGCUGCAAUACAAACUGUGGGUACGCGUCCUAUUCGACUUACUGGUGUGUAGCGAAGGGCAAGGUACCUGCCAACACAGGAUAUCUUUUUGGGGGGCUGUACAGCAAGGUGUUGAAGAAUCCAGUCACACAAGAUCACAGCUGCCCACUGAAGUUUUAUGCACUGCGUUUUGGAGCUACAAUGCAAGUAUGCGUAAGUGAUGACUAUGAGCUUGGCUUUCAGAAUUCGGUUCCCUUUGGUGGUUUCUUCAGCUGCUGUGCCGGUAACCCCCUGGGCGUCAAAAAUUCUGCAGACAGCGUUAAACAAGGUAAUUAUCAUGUCAUGUUAAAUGAUUGAGUUCCUUUAAGAUACUUUAUCCUUCUAUCCUUUAAUUAUGUUCCUCGUUAAACACUGUUCAGCAGGAUAUGAUUUAUAGCCGCCAGAAGGAAAAAUCUGGCGGGCAAGAACUCAAUUUGAUGCACAAAUAUGUCUGUCAGAAGAUACUUGACUUAUCUUUGAAGGGCAGUGCGAUCGCGAGAGGCCCUCAUUAAGCCAGCUGCCAAUAGACAGGGGCACCCAACGACGGUUUCCUCCUAAAUGCAUUGAGAACACUUUUUGAGGCUAUUCAGAGCACUUUUAGAUCUCUAGAAAUGCAUGCUUUGUGGAACUAUAAAACUUGUAACUGUUCGGUCACCCUAAGGAAACUUAAGCCUUUUCGAAAUUAUUAGGGCUCUAGUAUUACUUCCCUGAAAAUUUUGGACGUAAUUUUACGUUUUACGAAAGUGAGAAUUUUUCUUAUUCCUCUCUACAUCGCGUUUUUGAAUCCGAAAAUUUUAGGUUUCCUUUUUACUACGAAAAAUAGCCCAACCUGGGGAAUAAAAUGUGAAAAAUUAGACUUCAGAAAAUCGUAGCGGAUUUAUUGGAAAAGCUUCGAAAAUUGUACAUGAAUAGAAUCGCCAUCUACAAAUUUUUAGCCGUGCUCAAGCAAUACAAAAUUCUAGGCAAUAUUUGCUUCUCCGAACAGACAUUUUACAGAAAACAGUCGUUGGGUGCCCCUGAAUAACGACAAACCAGUAGCUUAUCCGUAUCCUUCCCAUAACGCCACGCGUGCCGCCUAAGAACCAGCUGUAACGAUGAUAAGGGUUCCACCGAAUUCCAAACGUCUGAGCGUUUUUCAUUUUCAGUAUUUAAUGGAAUUUUACUCCCAAGUAAAUCCAUUUUGGCAAAUGGUGCUGGUAAUUCUUCAGUUUCAGUUUUUGAAUGCUUAGAACAUUUAAGAUAACUUUCAAAACGUUCAGUAAAUUCAAAGUGUGUUAUCAUGAACUUCGACACAAGAUGUAUACACGUUUAUGCAUUAUUAACCAAGAUUGUUAGGUCAAGAUGGCUGGAUAUUGGCCAAACUUAAGUUUUUUUUUUUGCGUAUUUGUGGGUCGGGACGAAGAGACAAAGAAGAACGAUGCCAACCUAUAUGUUGCGGGAUCGAAGCGACAAAUCCCGAGCGGGCAAGAUGAGCCCUUCUUGCCUGCUUGGGUAGCCAAUCAAAAUACAGAUUUCUCUUCAUCUUGCUUGCUUGGGUAGCCAAUCAGAACUUAGGGUUCUCACCAUCUUACCUGCUUGCGGAUGAAGCCAUAUAAUAAUACAAUAUCAAUCCCUUGACUUUGACCCCUGUACAUAAGAAAAGCCGCCGCCGCCGAAAAGACAGCUGUGACUAGGUGGUCAUGUUAUUAAAACUUUAAACUUAAUUUUUCUUUUCAACAGGUGGUUCAAACUUGGAGAUGUUUAUAAGCCAAUCCGGUCCAUCUGGUUGGCCGAAAUCCUGUCCAACCGGUUAUUCUCAUCAUCUGGGUGCCAUCGAACAAGAUUGCGAGAUAAACUUUUGCGUGAAGUCUAAUGUAUUCAACAGUCACGGGUUACCAAUCAUCAAGAGACCCCCCUAUUCUGAUGCGCCGAAAGUUCUCAAUUACUCUGUACCUAUGCUGUUGGUUAACGAAGACAAUGGUCAAAUUUGGUUCAAACCCUCAGGAAAUAAACCACAAUGGUUGUUCGCGACUAAAAGGUAAUGCUGAUGCUAAAUUAAGUACGUGACUGUAUAUUAGGUGGAGAGAGGCGCUUCAGUCUUUCUUAAGGUAUGGUAAUGCUGAAAUCGCUUCUACAUCUAUUUAUUUUAGGGAACAACAUGUCUAUUUUUUUUCUAUUUUUUUAUUUUUUUCCCAGUGGCUUUCGAUUGCUCCCCUUCCAAAAACAAUUCAUGGUCUAUGACGAUGUGCACGCGAAAUUCGCUCAAGAUCGAGUUAAUUUGUUUCGUUUGUUUAGUUAGCGGCGGAUGAGAUUUUUUCUAUUCGGUUGUAUUGAUGAUUAGAAACAAAUACUGUCUUAAAAUUUAGUUUUGUUUCUCAUGUUAAGGUCAUAUCUUCAAUGCUCCAAUGUUUUUCGAAAGUUCUUAGAAUUCAUUCGGAACGGUAUUUUAUUAUGGAUGUUAGAACCUACUACGUAUUGUGGUGUUGUUUUUACCGCGCCAACCAGCCAGAUCACGUUGAACUUAGAUUUGAAAACCACCCUAAUGCAGUUAAGUCUUCAAUGACUUCAGCUGACUAGUUGGCUUAAUUGGUGGAGCGCUGCACCGCUAUCGCGGAGGUCAAGGGUUCGAAUCCAGUAUAAGCAUGGAUUUUUUUUUCAGGCUUUCUUUUCGUAACUGCGGGAGUUGCGUUUGUAACUGCGAUGGUCUCCUUUCAUAUCAUUCUUCGGCUCGCAGUUCAUGAUUUCCAUCUAUUCACGACUUCAAUGCAUGAUAUAAUUAUCACGCUCUUUGACUACCUGCUCGGGACUGAAGGGAGUGUCAGACGUUACAGAAACAUUUUCGUGACCAGACAAGUUACCAAGACUCGAGCUCGAUAAACGGGUCCCAGGUUAAAAAAUCUGGUAGAAGAAUUAUAUAUCCCUAGGUGUUUACAGCUUACUUUUCAUCUCAUUAAAGCUCUUUUCUUUUUACUUAGCACCGUUGAGGCAUAUAGAAAACAGGUAAACCUGGAACGUCACGCCAUUAUAGGAAUAGCCACAGACGACGUCGCUCUUGCUACGCAUGACAAACAGAAGUCUUCCAAGAGUUCCAGUCAUAGCAUGAAUGCUGGGACAGCGGCUGGUAUUACAUUUGGCGUCACGGCAUUGGCUGGAUUAUUGAUUGCUGUCAUGGUGAUUGGCUGGCGCCGUCAUAAGAGCGUGAACAGAGAAAGCAGCGACUUGAGAGAGCCACUGAGCUCUCUCGGGAAUUAUGGUGCUGUCCAUGACGAAGGGAGUCCCAGAGUUUGAUUCAGUACAAAAUCAGGAUACAGAGUGCCUUUCUCCCUCCUCCCGCAGACCGUUAUCAUUAAACAAAGGAUUACAAGACAAGCUUGAAAAUAAGCGCGCGUUGGUCGAUAGGAAGAGGAAAAAAGGCUUUUGUAAUGUUUUCCUCGCAUUUUCUUUUACAUACCCUCUUAAAGCACAUGGCAGGAGAAAACAAGCCUCUACAGAAGCCCACGUACCUAUGCACAGCGGUCUUCCAAGGAGAUAUUUGAUUUAACUCAGUGAUUUUGAGACACGAUAUGCUAUGCUUUGGUCCGAAACUGUAACGAAUCGUACGCGAGUGGAAUAGCUUUGCGGCCAAUUUACUUAGGGCUGUUCACCUUGCAGUGGAUAUUUGGUAAUUUUUAUAACGUCAAUAAUUUUAAGUAAGUUGUACUAUGGGGCAUUCCUGGUAGCAAUUAUUGUUAUCGCCAUUUUUCCUUUUCAAUAAAGAGGGUCUAAAAUAUUAAUUAUUUUCCCAGUUUCAGUUCACGACUGAAUUUUCACACUUUUUGGUCAUCUUGAUCGUAUGGCGAGAGAGAUCCUCGGAUAGUCAAUGACUGAGAAUGAAAAAUUACAAUGCCAUUAUUUCUUUCUUUUUACGUGUACUGCUUGUAAAGCUAAAAGAGUUUCGAAUUCGAGCGAAAAAAUAUGACAUCUUCUCUGUAUAUUUUGUCCGGUCAAAGUGAAUGGCGACCGAGAACACUUGCCGUGUACCAUACGUAUUUUACUUAGUUUGGAGAGAAAUUAAGAAAUAUGCAAAAAUUCAGUUACCUAUAGUUAAUUUCCAAAUAUUUUAGACAAAUUUUAAUUGCACACAUUUUAGGCAUGCUACUGAUGAACAGUUGCGGCUUUUAGAUAUUUCUAGCAACAACAAUUAGCCGUCUGUCCUCUUUGAAUUUGUACAGUCAUAUAAUUCCAGUUCCAGUGCCGUGCUUAUGGGAAGCUUAAACAAACAAACACAGCGGACGGAACGGCAAACGACAGAGGGCUGGCUGACGUUCGGCGUGCGCCGUUAGCUCGGUGCUGAGAAUCUAACUUUGACAAAGCCCUAAGAACGCCUCGUUGAUAGCUUGUGCCUCUUUCUAGUGACGCGUAUUGUGACUUGUCGACGG